AUUUAUCUUCAUCAUCUUCAGGUUCGUCAGUUUCUUUAAAAAUUGGUAAGGAGAUUGAUGAAGAGAUUAGUGAAAAGGCUGAUGAAGAAGUUGGCGAGAAGGUUGGUAAAGAGGUUGGUAAAGAGGUUUUAGUAUCUACUAAAAACCAAUUUUCUAAUUUGG